GGCUUGCGACUUGCGAGGACAUUGUGUCCUCUCUUGUGGACUUUAGCAUGCUCCAAGCUCGUCAGGAGCGACUCACCCUCCAUGUCGCCGCUCUGCGUCGCCUUCUCACCAUCCUCUCUGACCCUGAUCGCACCCUCCUGAUCAUUUCAGUACGACUCGGGACCUCCACGAGGGUGUACUCAGUGCUGUGGGAUUCCGGUUCUCAGGGCGACUUCAUUCACCCACGUGUGGUGAAAGAAGCCCGCUUACCCACGACAAGGUCUCCGACUCCCAUCUCCGUUACCCUAGGGGAUGACAAGACCCAGCGCUUCUUCGAUCAGACGAUCACCGACCUCCCCUUCUUCCUCACUCUUGAGCCGACUGAUCGUCCUCCGGCGUCUCGUCGCCACCGCUCCUCUGCACAUUUCGAUGUGAUGGAGACGGGGUACGACUUCAUUCUCGGCACUCCGUGGUCUCGUACCACCGUGACACCACGCCCCGAUCCUCCUCCCUCGGAGCCUUCCGUGCCCACACCAUCUCCUUCUAUCACGGUCACCUCGCCUCGGCAGUGCGCCCACUUCAUCCGGCAGGACGACGUCACCUUCUUUAUGGUGAACGUGACGGAUCUCUUACACUAUGAUCCACCCUGUCCCGACGCCGAGCUCAUCCCUCAGGAGCCAGAUCCUCCUUCCAUCUCCAUGGGUCCCAUCUCUACUUCCCACCCUCCGCCAUCCGUCGAGUCCGCCCCGUCGUCGCGUGCCGAUGCUGACGCUGAGGAACUCGCACGCUAUACGGUCGACUUGGAGCCCGCAGUUCGUGACCUCAUUCGAGAGUACCACGACGUUUUCCCAUCGUCGUUCUCGUACGCUGGCAUCCCACUGAUGCGCGACGUCGAGCAAUCCAUCCAGCUUGUGCCUGACUAUCGCAACCGCUUCUUUACGAAGAUUGAACUUCGUAACGGUUACCAUCGGAUCCGCGUCGCUGCAGCCGACCAGCCGAAGACAGCGUUCCUAUCGCGCUUCGGCCACUACGAGUUUACGGUGAUGCCAUUCGGCCUCACCAACGCACCUGCUGCCUUCCAGAGGGCGAUGAACGACAUCAGCAGGGACAUCCUAGAGCAGUACGUUCUCGUCUACCUCGACGAUAUCCUGGUCUACAGUCGUACCCUUGAGGAGCACCUCAGACACCUCCGCGACGUCCUUGACUGCUUGCGUAGACAUGGUUUCUACACCAAGCUGAGCAAGUGCCGCUUUGCCCAGCACAAAGUGGAUUUCUUAGGACACUACGUGUCUGACCAAGGUCUCCACAUGGACGACGCGAAGAUCACUGCUAUUGGGGAGUGGCCCGCUCCCACAUCCGCCAAGCACCUUCGCAACUUCCUAGGCCUGACCAGCUAUUAUAGUAAUUUCAUCCAGGGAUACGCUAGGUAUUCCUACGUCCUUGCCUCCACCCUCCUCCGGAAGAACCCACCUUGGGCUUGGACACCCAUCCACGAGGACGCCUUCCGCGCCCUCAAGAAGGCGGUGACAUGCGCACUGGUUCUUCACCUACCCGAUUUUGAUCUUCCUUUUAUCCUUACCACCGAUGCGUCAGACUUUGCUGUAGGAGCAGUGCUUUCUCAGGUUUUCCCCUCCUCUCCUGAUUCCUCUAAUCCUCGUAUCCCUCGCUUCCCACCACCUACCCCUACCACUGCUUCCCGACUGACGCCUACUCAUCCAACUACUGACGAGCCUUCUAUUGACUAUUCUCCUACCAUCGCCGAGGACGGCACUGUCAAGUCUCGCUCAGGUGAUUGUCCGAUAGCCUUCUACUCCUGUCAGCUUCUGCUCGCCAAGAUAAACUACACUGCUGAUGAACGUGAGGUUCUCGCAGUAGUUUAUGCCACUCGGCACUGGCGUCACUACCUGCACGGGGCACCGUUCACGGUGCGCACAGACAACUCUGUUGUCCAGGCUUUUCUGACAAAGCCGAAGCUCACUCCUCGACAGGCUCGCUGGUGGCGCGACCUAUUCGAGUUUUGUUUCACCACUGAGCACAUCAAGGCCGAUUCUGGUGACGGCUCCACGAGGUGUACGGCACCCAGCUCCGCUUCUCCUCGUCUUACCAUCCUCAGACUGAUGGUCAUCACGAACAGGACUCUUGGAGAUAUUCUCCGAAAGAUUGUUCGUGACGACCAGCAGUGGGAUCUCCAUCUUGCCCACGCGGAGAUAGCCUACAACCACGCCGUCUCGCCAGCCACGGGGAUGUCGCCUUACUAUUGUGACCUCGGCUAUCACCCUCGUGUUCCCGCCGACUUCCUUCGACCGUCACAGAUGCACCCCGACACGAGUUGUCCCGCGGUGGACGAUUGGGUUGCACAUAUGACAUCGAUCAUGAAUACCGCACAUGAGCACAUAGCCGCUUCCCAGACUCGCAUGGGCGCACGUGCAAACCGAUCGAGGAUGAAUCAUCCAGUCAAAGUCGGUGAUGAUGUGCUUAUCGACGCCCGCCACUUACAGCUCGAAGCGAACACGCUUCGCAAGUUUCGGCGUCGCUUCUUUGGACCAUGCCGCAUCCUCCAAGCCGACGGUUCUGAUACGGCUUCUAGCUCGGUCAGCUUCCGUGUGAAGCUGCCUGACUACCUACGCCAGGCUCGUGUGCACGAUGUCUACCACGUCUCGUUACUGCGUCCUUAUCGCAGACCGUCUGAGCGUUUCGUUGGACGACCAUACGAGCGCCCUCCACCCAUCAUGGUGGACGGCCACGACGAGUUCCUCGUUUCAGACAUCAUUGGUCGCCGAGUCACCAACGACAACCCUUCCCACGUCGAGUAUCUAGUACGUUGGAAGGGUUAUCCUGAUGAGGAGGCCACCUGGGAGCCCCUCGAGCACUUGCAGCAUGCUCGCAUGUUGGUGUGUGGCUAUGAUCGUGCUCGUCGUGCUGGGUUCACCGCUCCUCCUCAGCCCACUGACCCUCCUCCUCUCCCGGUUGAGGCUACCGCUGAAGUCGAGCCUGCUCCAUCUGAGGCAGACCUUCAGCAGCAGCCGGAUGUCGUCCUUCUCGAUACGACGAUUGACUCUGACUUACCUUCCCACGUCUUUGACUUCUCAGUACUCCAUCCACUCCAGUUUUGCUACUUCAGCUCGUCGACAUUGCGGCUCUUCCUCGACGGCAUUCCAGACUCCUCAUCGUGGACGUCAUCGACAGCUUCAUGGACUUCGUCACGAUCAGCUCUGCCUACUUCAGACGUCGUCGCUCCCUCACCACUUUACCCUGUACAGUACCCUGCUUGUGUCGCAUGAUGGUCUCAAUUUAGCCGGGUUCCU